CUCUGCGUUUGGUAAUUGCUUUGGAAGUCUUCUUUGGCAAGGCUUUUGUGGCCUUGUCUUCUUCUCCUUGCAAAGGGCAACGGAGGCUCCCUGAUCUGGAAGGCAAAGGAUUCCAAACCCCAGAGUUGUUCAGGGCUGAUCUGGACACCUUUCCUUCCUCAGGGUUCGAUAUUCGCCAAGAUGGUCUACAAUCCCCUUGAGGCUCUCUCUGUGUCUGAGCGGCAUCUGAAGCAUGGAGGGACUUUGUGUUAGAUGUGAAGUGGGAGGCUUUGUGUUGAGAGCCUUGGGCCCCAAAGCUUCCUUCCACGAGGCCUCUCUCACUCUGUAUGCCUUUGCAAAUGCAGGUAUUCAGAGAUCCCAGCCAAGAGCCUUCUGGGGCCCAGCAUUUCGGAUCCUGGCAGCGGAUGAGAAACUCUCCGAGGCUAGUGCCUUGGCAAAGGAGCCAGUCCCAGGCCUUGGAGGGCCUGGCUUGAAAGGAAGGCCUGCUGAGCAAGCCCUGCCCAGGGUCUGGGGCUGGGGCUGGGGGCUCCCUCUUGGAUGGCAAAGGAAGGCUCUUUGGGACUAGGCUUCUUUCUUUCUUUCUUCCCUUCCAAGAAUGGCCUCGCCUUUGGCAGCCCAGCCAGGCCCAGAAGUCAAGGCCCCGCAGGGCUUCCUUCCCAGGGCUGGCAGUGUUUCGGGGGAAGGUCAGGAGGAGACAGAGGCAUCUCUAGCCCUCUCUCGCUCUCUCUCUGGGCAAAGGCUGCUCUGACCGACCCUUCCGUGCUUCUGCUUGAAGACAGACAGGGUUGAAUGGAAGGCCAAGGCAGUCCCCCCGUCGGAGGAGAGCCCAGAGGCGGCCAGCGAGGAGGAGGAGGAGGACUGCUUGCUCCGCGCGGCUUCCCUCGGCCUUCAGCGCCACUCGGCUCGGCUGCCGGAGGAAGGAGGGAGGGAGGGAGGGAGUGGGGCUCGGAGGAGGCCCAGCGGCUGCAGCCCUGCCUCCCUGGCCCUGGGAGGCUUGCAGCAGGAGGGCCUCCUCCUCCUCCUGGCCUGGGCCUCAGGGCGAGAGGGAAGGCGGCUGGCCCCCCUCCCUCCGCCUGCCUCUUGGGGGGCUUUCCGGGGCCGCCCUUGGCAGCCCGGAGGCGGACUGCGCCUGGCCCUGGAGGCUCUCCUCCUGCCUGCCUUCCUCCCUCCUGGGGAGGGGCCUCUCCCCCCCUCCGCCUCCUUCUCCGCUGCCGCCGGACCCAGAGCGAGCCUCCCGCCGAGGGAGACCCGGCUGCUGCUGCCGCCGCCGCCGCCGCCAUGGGGGAAAACCGGCUGCAGCAGUGCCAGAAGGAGGCCGAGGAGGUGACCGGGAUCAUGUUGGAGAACUACAGCAAGGUCCUGGAACGGGAGGGCAAGCUGACCGAGUUGGAUGAACGGGCCGACGAACUCCGGAACCAGAGCGUCGCCUUCAGCAAGACGACCAAGACCUUGGCCCAGAAGAAACGCUGGGAGAACAUGAAGUUCAAGCUCAUCCUGGGCGGAGUGGUGGCGCUGGCCCUCCUCAUCAUCAUCCUGGCCAUCGUCCUUUCCCUCACCCUCCCGGGGUCCUCCAGCGCUCCGGCCGCUCCGGACGGUGGCAACUGAGGACCCACUCCGGGCAACCAUAUGAUAUUCUCCACUGCUACCGCUGCGUCCCCUGCCUUUUUGGCCAGAGGCCUUCUGGGUGCUAUUUUGGGCUUCAGCAGGACUUGGCAGCUUCCUGGAGCACCUGGCCCACUUGUUGCAGGGAAGCAGCCCUAAGGAGGAGAAGGUGCCAAGCCAACCCCCAACCGGCUCAGAUAAAGUGUCCCCUGCGUAGAUGAAAGACCUCUUCUUCCACCGUGAGCUGUGCCCCACCUUUGCAAGGGAUGACAGCCAGCCCUUGCGUUCCUGCCUCCAUGCCUCUGGGCUGUGUGUCUGUGUGUGUGUGGAGGGGAGGUUGUGUUGCUUCCAUGCUAAGACCCACAAUGAGGAUCCCAUGGGGCUUGGAUCUCUCAACUCACCAGCCACCUGCCUUCCCCCUCUUUUCUCCCCGGGGAGAAGUCUGUGGGAGGAGAGGCCAAUCCUUUCCUGCAACCUUCCUGGAAUUUGUCAUGGUCUGAAUGCUGUGCCUUUUUUUAACCCUGGUGCGAAAAAAGAAGAAGGAGCCACUUCCGCUGGGAACGGUGGGGAGGCAACAUGGAAGGUGGCCAAGGAGGAGAAAGUGGGGCAUAGGAGUGCCCUUACUUCAAGGGGGUUUGUUCAAAAGAGCUUUCCCCUGGCUUGCCUCUCACAUUGCCUUUUGGGAGGUGGGUGCCCUUUAGGUUUUCUUGCACCAGCCGUCUCUCAGCCAGUUUUUGCAGAAUUGUAUUGUUGCAAGGGGCUCCAGAGGCCAAGCAGUCCAUCCCCUUCCUCAGCAGAGGCUUUGCAGUGUGGGGCACAGAGGAUGCAGUGACCCCAACGGACAGCCCUCCAGCCUCUGUUUAGUCGGCCCAGAAGAGGAGGACCCCCAAAACCAUCAUCUUAAUAGACUUCCCCAUAGGUUCUGCUAAGCACUCCUCUGCUGCCAUUUCAAGGCUCUGUUUGCUUCUUUUUAAAGGAAGAAGCACCAGGGUCAGUAGAGUAAUAUCCCCACAUUUGGAAACAUGGCUGUUGCCAUCAGUCUUCCCUCUACACAAGAAGCAGUGCAUCUGAAGAUCUGGAGAAGCAGCACUGGGUUCAUCCAAAGCUGUGGGUUUGCAAAGGAGGAGAUGUCUCCGCAGAGCCUGCCAUGCGGCUUCUCCUCCGUGGGAUGCCACCCAUUGACUCACACCCUCCAUGCUCCCCAUAGAAGCCGCCCUGCACUUUCUGCCCAGUUUCUGGGCUUUUUGAACUGUGAAAAUCGUGAUCUCUCCAAGAGGUCCUAGUUUGAGCCCUGUCUUCCUUUAGCCUCCAUGUCGGCUGCAGCUGUGUGCGCUGGGCCCUCGGCAUCCGCUGGGGUUUAGAUCCAAGACCUUCCAUGGAUACCAAAAUCUGUGGAUGCUCAAGUCCCAUUAUAUACAAUGGGGCAGUAAAAUGGUGUGCCUUAUAUAAAAUGGCAAAGUCAAGUGUUGCUUUGUAGAAUUUAUAUCUAUUUUUGAAUAUUUGCAAACCAUGGAUGGUUGGAUCUGUGGAUAUGGAGCACUGACUCUACUUCAUCUCUGUUUAGCUCAGUAAAAUGUACCGCGUAGGACUGUGAUCUUGGACAAACAAUUGUAGUUUGUUCCAUGCUGGCCAGCUUUUGUUCUUUCAAAUGGCCAGAUAUCCUAGCAUUGCCAUGGGUCAAUUAUUACUUUUCAUCCUGUUUUUAGUCCUAUGUAGGCGAUCACAGGUAAUAGUUUUGUCUCCGUUUUGAUCUCUCAAACCGCUGUGCCUUUAGCAGCCUUUUGCUGCCACACUGCAGAAUUAAUGCACUUUGACACCACUUUGACUUUCAUGGCUCCAUGCUAAUGGAAUCCUGGGAUUUGUAGUUUCUUGUGAUACCAGAGCUCUCUCAGAGAGGUGGCUAAUGCAGUUUGAUACCACUUUAUCCUGGGAUUGGUAGUUUUGUGAAUCCCAGGAUAAAGUGGUGUCAAACUGCAUUAAUUCUGCAGUGCAGAUGCAGCCCAAGAAGUGAGCCUUUGCCCAGAUUGAACACAACCUGUGAAAAGGAUUGUUGUGAGGUUGUUGCAACCCACAAAGCAAGGACUGCAACAAGACAACAAGGAACAAAGGGGCACCGAGCGGUCAGCCGAAAACUCUUGCCAACGUGGACGGAGCCAACCCACAGCCGCACAUGGCUGCAGCGUCCCUUUGUGUCGCUUGCGUCCAGACUCUUCCAUCUCUCCCUGCAAUUAACCUCCGGGUCAGUUAUGCAAAUAUUAACUUGCAUAAUUGCUUUGAAAAGGGCCUCUUUAUUUUUUGGGAGGAGGAGGCAUUGGGGACGAUGGCUGUCCUAAGGCUUUGCGUGUCUCUCUCUGUUUGUGGGAUUGUGUUAAGUCUGCCGCACCCUUAAAAGUUGUGGAUCCUGUGGUCAAAAAGUGUGGCAUCGCCAUUUGGCAUUGUUUGGUUCUUUUCAAGAGCAAAGCAGUAAAAAGGUGAAUUCUUUUGUAA